AUGUCGUUUAGACCAGGUAGUAGAGGUGGUGCCCGCGGUGGCCGUGGUGGUUCCAGAGGUGGAUUCGGUGGUGGUGCCCGCGGUGGCUCCAGAGGUGGUUCCAGAGGUGGAUUCGGUGGUGGUGCCCGCGGUGGCUCCAGAGGUGGAUUUGGUGGUGGCCGUGGUGGUUCUCGCGGUGGCCCUCGUGGCGGCUCUCGUGGAGGUCCUCGUGGGGGUCCUCGCGGUGGUGCUCGUGGUGGUGCUCGAGGUGGUGCCAAGGUUGUUCUUGAACCACAUAAGCAUGCUGGUGUCUACAUUGCCAGAGGUAAAGAAGAUCUUUUGGUCACCAAAAAUAUGGCCCCGGGUGAGUCUGUUUACGGUGAAAAGAGAGUUUCUGUUGAAGAACCAUCCAAAGAAGACGGUGUUCCCCCAACAAAGGUUGAAUACCGUGUGUGGAAUCCUUUCAGAUCCAAGCUUGCUGCUGGUAUAAUGGGAGGUCUGGACGAAUUAUUCAUUGCACCAGGUAAAAAAGUUUUGUAUCUAGGUGCUGCCUCUGGUACUUCUGUUUCCCAUGUUUCAGAUGUUGUUGGACCGGAAGGUGUUGUUUACGCCGUCGAAUUUUCUCACAGACCAGGUAGAGAAUUGAUUUCUAUGGCUAAGAAGAGACCAAACGUUAUUCCAAUUAUCGAAGAUGCUAGACAUCCACAAAAAUACAGAAUGCUUGUCGGUAUGGUCGACUGUGUGUUCGCAGAUGUUGCUCAACCAGAUCAAGCUCGUAUCAUCGCUUUGAAUUCUCAUAUGUUCUUGAAAGAUCAAGGUGGUGUUGUUAUCUCCAUUAAGGCCAACUGUAUCGACUCCACUGUUGAUGCAGAAACUGUCUUUGCAAGAGAAAUCCAAAAAUUGCGUGAAGAACGUAUCAAACCUUUGGAACAACUGACUUUGGAACCUUAUGAAAGAGAUCAUUGUAUCGUUAUUGGUAGAUAUAUGAGAAGUGGUUUGAAGAAAUAA